AUGGCCUGGUCGCAAAAGCAAUUCAUAUUCGCGCUUACUAUGGUGGUAACGGGCUCGAUAAACACGCUCAGCACAAAAUGGGCUGAUAAUAUCGAAUCCGAAGGCUCGGAUGGACAAGUACGACGAUUUGUGCAUCCGUUCGUGCAGGCGUGUGCAAUGUUUCUUGGAGAGUUUCUUUGUUUACUUACAUUCAAAGCCGUCUACUAUCAUCUGCGCCGCAAGAACAAUGGUGCCGAAGAUCGACAUGAUCUCGUACAAGGCAAUCGUGAGUUCAGUCCCUUCAUCUUAUUUGUGCCGGCUAUGUGCGAUAUGUUGGCGACCUCGAUUAUGUACGUUGGCUUGAAUCUGACCUACCCCUCUAGUUUCCAAUUGCUGAGAGGAUCGGUCAUAAUCUUUGUUGCAAUACUGAGUGUCGCAUUCUUGAACCGUACGCUAGUGAAGCGCGAAUGGUUUGGAAUAGCCUUUAUCAUGGUCGGCCUGAUCGUGGUCGGUAUGUCCGAUGUGCUAUCGAACGAUAAUACGGGUUCACAGUACACCAGGAACAAUGUCAUCACUGGCGAUCUGCUUAUUAUACUGGCCCAAAUCAUUACGGCGGUUCAGAUGGUGUACGAGGAGUACUACGUCACCGCGUUAAACAUUCCAGCACUGCAAGCAGUGGGAUGGGAAGGGUUCUUCGGCUUUUCCGUGCUUGGUUCUCUCCUGCUGCCCAUGUAUUUUAUUCACGUGAUGUAUCCGUUCAACAGCAAUGCGCACGGUGUACUGGAGGAUUUGCCUGAUGCACUGGCACAGCUGGCAAACAAUUAUCAGCUAAUUAUUGCUAUCAGCGGCAUGAUCGUAUCGAUCGCGUUUUUCAACUUUGCCGGCAUUAGUGUGACGAAGGAAAUCUCUGCUACCACGCGGAUGGUACUCGAUUCCGUCCGUACGCUUGUCGUAUGGAUGGUUUCGCUACUGUUGGUAUGGCAAAAAUUUCACUACCUACAGCUGAUCGGGUUCGCUGGACUGUUGUUCGGCAUGUGCCUGUACAAUGAUAUUAUCAUUCUGCAAACGUAUCGGCGCGCCAAGGUCGCUCUUUUGCUGCGCAUUGGACGCCAGUCGACAGAUAGAAUGAGUGAAGUUAUUAUUAAUCGGCAAGCGGAUGAGCCGGACCGUUAG